UGUGCGCAAUGAUAAAUAACGAGCACUUAUAUGAAGCAUACUCAUACCUUGCUUGGGAUCUUGCUCGGGGUCGUAUCCAUGCUCCUCACCAUGGUACACAAUAGCUGGGGUGUGGGUGUGGAACGAGAGAUCUAUUUUGGCUCUUAGGGCUGCUUAAGUCCGCCCAUGUUUCGUCACACCUCAAUUCUCGUCAACGUUCUGUUCUGACACCUCCGAAGUCCUCAAUCACAUCCCAAGCUUCCUUCAUUGGCGACUUUUGCGCAGACCAGACAACAAUCGUCGAUCGACAUUCCUACUUAACCGAUAUCGGGUGAGCUGGAGUAUUCUUGAGAAUGUUCGCACGCAUUGGCUUGCGUACUGCGCAGCAGACCCUCCGUCAGACCACUUUCCGCCUCAAGCAGAGACGAACACAGUCAACAAUUUCAGAUGCCGCACAAGCGAUCCCGAAAAAUGAAAACGCCUUCCUAAAGUUUCUGAACGGGCCGACCGGCUGGCGCACUGUACACUUCUGGGCUCCGAUUAUGAAGUGGGGUCUUGUUAUCGCCGGCGCCGCCGAUUUCGCACGUCCUGCGUCGCAGCUUUCGCUCUCGCAAAAUGCGGCGCUCACAGCCACUGGUUUCAUCUGGACGCGCUGGUGCUUCAUCAUCAAGCCGCGCAACGUCUUCUUGGCCAGUGUCAAUUUCCUCCUUGGGUGCGUAGGUAUCACACAGGUCGUGCGUGUACUGCUGUACCAGCGCAGUAUAGCCGGCGUAGAGGGAGCCGUGAAGGAAGAAGGACGGGCUCUGGAGAAGGCUGUGAAGAAUCCCGAAGCAAUCAAAGAGGCGGUGGAGCACCCUUCCAAGUAG